UCCUCCCCGGGCGUUGUCUGUCGGGCUCCCGCGCUGCUGCUCGUUGGCCGACUUUCCUCCCGACUCCUGCACGACCUCCUGCGACAGAGAGCGAGCCACUCCUGGCUCUUCCUUCUCGAGGAUCCGGAAGCCCUCUGGAAGCAGAAGGCAACUCUACUGCUCUGCAAAGGAGCGGGGUCCUUUCAGCCAUGAGGCACGUGUUGAACCUCUACCUCUUGGGUGUGGUGCUGACCCUGUUCUCCAUCUUCGUGAGACUGAUAGAGUCCCUGAGGGACUUACUGAAGAGCCCAUCACCUGGGAGCUCCUGGACCACUAGAAGUCAGCUGGCCAACACAGAGCCCCGCAAGGGCCUUCCAGACCCUCUAUCCAGAGGAGUGCAAUAAAGACCUCCCUUGCGCUGGCCAUACCUUAGAACACUGACCCAAACAUGUGCAGCCAGGUGUCCCAUUUCCUAGCAGGCAAACUGAACUCUCGUGUUUCCAGGGAACUAACUGUUAUUGGGCCUUGCAGGACCUGUCCUGCUCCUUGGAUGCUGGAUGCUCCUUGUCCUGGAAAAAAGAACCUGUUUAACACACAGGUGUGCACAGGUUGCCUAUGGCUGUGAGAUGGACUGAUCUUACUCUUCUCUCCAGCGUCGGCUAUGUGCUUUGCUGUGCUCAGCAUCGUGGCUCUGACAACUCUUAGAUGGGGACUUGGGCUGCAACUUCAGCUGUUGGGAAAUGAUGUAUUCAACCCUAUUUCCUAAACAUCUGCCAAGGGUUCAGCUUCUCUUCAUGAGAGCUUUAUGUUUGGAUAGCAGUUGAAGAGGUGUGUAAGUUGGCUGUAGGGAGAGAGAGGGUGGCGUAUUCAAUGUCUUGUUCUCAUUGUUUUACAUUUUUAAGUCCUUCCUCUAACAUAGUGUGUGUGUGUGUUUAUGUCUGUGUGUGGACCGAAGGGGUGGUGGGAUGACAAAGCCUGCUCAGGACAUGGGCAUUAUGGCCACCAUGUGGCUUAGUUUAAUUUUUCUAAUGCAAUAAAGUUGAAUAUAUAUUUCUACUAUGUGUCAUGUUGACUUCUGCCCUUGAAAUUAGUGGUAGGGAAGGGUCUUAAUUCCUAGAUCUGAGGUUUAACAUCUUAAAACUUUGGAGCAGGAAAGUGCUUUAAU